UGUGCCACGUCAAACCAUGCGCCAGGCUACUGAUAGAAUUCUGCUCUGGUUUGCUGGUUGAUGCGGUGGUUGAGGUCUCGUAUCUUUUCUAUAACGAUAUCGAGACUCUGCGCCUGCGAUAGGUACUCCAAACACUCCUGUUGCAGACAUCCGCAGACGACACAGGGCACGCACAUUCACCAAUGUGUGUGUGUGCCCUCUGUUUAUGAUAUACCUUGAUGUUUGCGGCGUUCAUCUCCACACAAUUCUCCUUGUACGUCGCCAAAGUCUGCAUCCAUCCAUCCAUCCAUCCAUAACAUCUACACCGCUUGAAAAUGUCUCUCCCGCCUGCUGUCCACCCCACCUGCAGCAGGUAUAGUCCGUUAAGUGUGAAGUCCGAGCUGGUGGUCUCCCUGAGGUCGGCGAUGAGGGUUUUGAUGACGAACUUGCCCACGCGCUGCUUCGUCUGCCAGUCGUUGGUGCACAACUGACGCAACGCAAACAACACCUGCAACGAAGCGGCAACAGCAACACAAAGAGUUCGUUCCGUGUUUAUGCUUGUGCCGGUGAUAAUGCGUUGACCGACCUUUCCCUUGAGUGGCGCGCUAGGUUUGCUGUUCUGGAACAUGUACAGGAGACACUCUAUCGUCGGAUACCUAUGCGCAUGCAUGAGACAGACAGCAAGUGCAUCUCGACCAGUCGAUCAGCUCAUGUCACUUGACUUUGGCAGGCCUACCCCCGCUUGCUGAGAAGCACCCUGGAACUCUCGUCGUUCCCCAGCUGACUGCACGCAUGAAGCGUAAGGACCCAUUGGACAGACUGUACGUGUGUCUCUAUGUCUGACGCCAUCCAUCGUAGGUACCCUAUGAGUGAGGACAGAUGCGUGAGGGUCUUGUGCUUGUGCAUCUGGUUGUACGUCGACUGCAGUCAUUGCACGCACACACACAGCAGCAGCAGUGAAUGCCCCUGGCUGCACAUUGAUUGCACAGCCAGCCCUCUUCCUCACUGUCAGUAUGUCGAUGGUGAUCGGGAUCAAACCUGAUGAGGCACAGACAUACACACAUCACAUAUGCACACGCAUAUCCAACGCAUGUAGAGGGUCUGUGUCUGUGUACCAGCCGCGCAGCAGGCCGCCCUGUGGUGCACGCUUUUGGUCAGGUUGACCAGCAACGUCAGCGUGUACUGGAUCAAAUCAUCCUCCUACCAAGCAACACACAGACAUACGUGUAAGUGUAUCUAUGAGUGUAGUCAUCGCCGGACGGACCUUCGAUCGCAGGUUUUCGACACAGCUCUGAGCAGCCCCAGACGAUAUGAGGACAUUCUGCGGACAACGGAGAGAGGAGUAAAGUCACGGACGCACGUGUUUGCUCUGCGUGUCAGUCACCUUGAUGGCGUCGUUGGCGGCGCUCAAAUUGGUGAGGGCCGCCGUGGCAUAGGUGGCCAGGAGGGGCGUGGCGGUGCGCAUCAGCCCCACGAGGGCAGGCGUGAUCACGCUCAGAUACUCCUACACAAAAGUGGCCACAAUCGCUCACACCAGGCUCUGUGAGGGAUUUGCCUGCCCACCUGCGACACGUUUUGUUGCGAUUGAUGCAGCACCUGUCGGCAGAUGGCUGCCUUGAGGCUGGACGAGCAGGGCGAGUUGAGCAACACGGCAAGCAGAUUGGCGUACCCACCGUCAGCACUGACACACAUCACCCACACACCAGCGUCAUGGGAUGUAUUGCAUUCCAUCUCCCCUUUGUGUGUAGUGAGAGUGCUCACGAGCUCUUGUGGAAGAGCUUCUGCACGUACUGCGACUCCAACAUGACCUGCAUGGUCGACACAGCCACGGGUGUACUUGUGGCGUUGUCUGAUCGACAAUAGAUGGCCGCUGACCGUGAGGACGCUGUCGUUGAAGCAGUAGUCGGUGCCGAAUGUGGCCUCCUUGACGGCCUUGACCAGCGAUGUGCUGUAGAAGGGCUUCAGCAUGUCGCGUGGACGCAGGUGUAGCAGGAAAUCCAACACCUGACGCAGUUUCUGCACUCAAUACAGCACAGAACACAGCCCUCCUUGUAUUUGCGUGUCUCUGCAUGUGAUGGGUCUCUGUCUGUCUGUCUGUCUGUCUCACUGUCUGUCUCACUUUGUCCGCUUCCGUGCCCACUGCUCCGACCGAGUCGCAGACAUCAGCUAACGAGAACUUGCCGCCUGGAAAAGUGAGCACAAGGUUAGCUUGUGUGUGCGUGUAUGUGUGUGCGUGUAUGUGUAUGCACCUAGAAGGCCGCCAUCGACUGCAUAUGCGAGGUAUCUGGCUACGCGCAUGACCCACUCGUUGCGAUAGAUCUCCAUGUCCUCCGUCUCGUCAUGAGGAUCCAAACCUACACACAUCACACACAACACACACAACACACACACACACACGAGACAGACACUCAUGCCUGCCGCCCCCACCCAUUUGCCCACCGAGCUCCUCGCCGCUUCUGACGAUGUCGUCCUUGACCACCAGCGGAUCUGACACCACCGGAACGCCAUCCAAAUCAACCGUCAACAACUCUGACACACAGAGGCAAAGGAAGGUAGAAAAGCCGAGUGCUGCACACGUGCGUCGAUUGAUGGCUGCUUUGCUACCUGGUGUGGUGAGCACGUUUUCGUUCUCCAUGAUCUUGAGGAUGGAUUUGAGGAACACCCUGGCCUUGUCCGCUACUGACGGCUGCACUCAGCCGACCGGUCAAACACACAGAAUGCUGAUGGAAUGCAUUGAUGCGAUGCAUUUCGUUGCUGUGUGUCACCCACCUGCAGUUUGAGCCGUGUGCUGAGCCACUGGAAGCCCUCCUCGUUGAAGCUGAACACACACAAACACGCAUGACAGGUGUGAACGAAUGACGUCUGUUACGACUCACAGAAGGGCAUUCAGCUUCGCUUCGACCAUGUCACGAUACCUGAGGAAAGAAUGAAUACACAUGAUGUUGUAUCGGCACGUGGGUGGGUAUGUGGAUAUGAUACCCACCAGACGUGUUCCUGGGUGAGCGUCGCAAACAAGUCUGCGGCCAGCCGGCACUCGUUGACCAGAUCCUCGUCCUGCACAAACCCAUCUGACACACCGACCGAGAUAGCAUCCACAGCCCAUCGAUGAAUGAAUGAAUGAAUGGAUGAAUGUAGUGCGUGGCUGCCCACCUCUGAUGUUCGAGUUGUCUACGCGGAAGACGAUAGCGAAGUCCUGGGCCGUGUCCAUUAGCGGAGGAAUGUCUGAUGGGGACAGAUACACGGAAUCACGGGCAAAGGGGUGCACAUGUGAGUGGGUGCGUGAUGCACCGUACGUUGCCUCCUGAGCAAGACGCAAAAGAUGGACACGUCAUUGUGCGGCUCGCGGCACUGCAGAAACAACUGACGAACGAAUUGACGGACGGACGCACAGACAGAGGAGGGACACACAGGGAAAGGAGACAUUCUCGACCAAAGGAGGGAUAAAUGCGUGGCGAGUGGCUUGCUGUCUGCCUGCGUGCAUACCUCCCAGCCCAUCCAGGUGGAGAUGUCGUCCGCCAGGUUCAUCUUCUUGUAGUAGGCGUUGUUCUUGACCACAAAGAAAUGCUUCAUGUUCUCCUGUCAAGGGCACACACAUACACACACAGGCAGAUAGCCAUGUUGCCCUUUCCUUCCUUGCUCCCCUCUCCGUACCGACCGUACCGUGAGUGCCUGUUUGUACUCCAUGGCCACCCACCGGAUGUGGUCGCGCUGAAUCUGACGAUACACACAGACAGACAGACAGGCAGCAACAAGGAGGAUGUCGGUUGAUGUGACUGGGGUGGUUGCUUACCUCCUCCAGAUGGUACAGCGGGAGAGGGUCGUGCACGUGCAGCGACACGUAGAUGCCUGACAAACACGCAGACAACUAGCAUCCACCCUUCCUUCCUUCUGUGUGUGGCAAGCUUACUGACCCCUCUCUGAGUCUAGGUACAUGCCCGUGUCCUUCGCUGACACCGCAUUGGCGCGAUCUGCAACACGGCACCAAGCGACGUGCGCAGGUGUAUGUCCCAUCUAUAAGGACCACCGGCUGACCCAUGAAGGAUUGCUUGAGGAAGAGGCUGUAGCCCUCGUACCGGACCUCCUUGUACCUGUGCGUGAACGAGCGAACGAACGAUGCCAGGAUGAAUGAAUGGGCAUCAGGUGUGGGCACGGCCAUCUAUCUGUUCCGACCGACCCUUCGAAUGGUUUGACUCUGGGCAGCUCCUGCUGGCGGCCCUCCUCCAUCAAAGGAUGCUUGAACCGGGGAAACACACACACCUGCAGGCACAACAUACAUAGCACAGCACGGGUGUGUGUGAAGCCAUCUCCUUGUGUGUGCCGCUGGCUGUCGUACCUUUCCGAAUCUGAACAUGUAGUCGGUUUGCCAUGCGACCAUGAUGAAGUCGACGAGGGCCUCGCGAUUCAAACUACUCACAAACAGCUUCUCGCUCUGCCACUCAGGCGGCUGACACACACCACACAGAGAGAGAAAAGAGAAGCCAUUCCCGCCAUCCAUCCAUCCAGCUCCCCUUCCGUCCCUCCCUUUCUCACCCUGUCCUUUGAGAGUAUGAGUAGGAACUCCGUGCUGUUGGUGUCCUCAACCAGCUUCUCUACGUGGGCGAAGAACAGCUGCCCGCCACGGAUCAACUUGGACAUGUUGCGCUGGAGGAAAAACACCGCUGACAGACAGACAGACAGAGAGAAAAAGGAUCCAUCUGUCCACCCAUCGCACAAAGCAAGCCAUACACAUCGAUGGAUGCACCAUCUGCCAACGCCCAUCCGUCUGUCGGAGAGCUACCGUGUUUGCCGACGCACAUGUAGACUUUUUUGCUCCUUCCCAUGAAUUUGAGGGUGACGAGGUCGAAGUACCGCAGCUCCGACUUGGUCUUGAGCGCCAAAGGCGCCAAUAUCGCCAGAUCUGUCAUGAUUG